AUGGCCGAAGAAAAAGCAGAGUCUGCUGAAGCCAUCAAAAAAGUUGCCGAGGCCGAGAAGAGAGAUGCCGAGGUAAAAAAGGCUCAAGCCGAAAAAGAGCUUGAGGAGGCCCUAGCCACUAAAAACGCCGAAAUUACUGAAGCCGAAGAAAAAGCUUACGCCCAAGGAAUGACCGAUGUUGCUGAGGACUACAAACUGCAAGUUAGGCAGGCUGAAGCUAUUCCUCUCACAUUCCCUCCUCCUGCUCCACCUUCAAGUCAAGCUGAAGACGAGUCAGAAUCUGAGGCUGAGGAUGAAGAUAAUAAUGAAGAUGAGGCCUUGGUGAGGAAAUCCAAGGAUGCUACUGAGGCCAAGUCCCUUCCUCCAACUGAGCAAGUCAUGGACUUAACCUUGGAUGAAGAGGGUGAUGAGGUUGGGGAGGCGCCUAGGGAAGCUGUUACAGGGCAAUUAUCAUCCGACCUUCUCUUAGCUGAAAGAAGUCUUGACAAAAUGCUUGCAGAGAUUGAUGCCGAACUGGCUGCAGAGAAGGUUGCCGAAGUAGUUCCCCAGGAAUCUGCCGAGGUCCAGACCCAAAUCGCUCCUGAAACUAAAGAAUCAUAA